AUGAAUCGUGUUCCUGGCGUGUAUCAGUUGUGCCUUAAAGACGCUAACGACUCAGGUAGCCCCGGAACAGUUCGUCGUCAACGUCGCGUGCUCGACACAUCGUCCGCUUAUGUUCGCGGUGAGGAAAAUCUGGGACACUGGCGACCACGUGGAGAUUCGCUCAUUUUUGAACAUCAGUGGGAAUUGGAGAAGCUCACAAGGCUUCAGCAGGUUGAAAGGGUUCGGCUAUUCUUACGUCUUCGUGAUAAAUUGAAGGGAAAGAGAAAACCAGGAGAAGCAAAAACUCCUGUAUCUCCUUGCGAUCCCGUUCGACCGAUCCCAGCUACUGUCACACUCGACGAAAAGGAGAAAGGCAUCGUGAAGAAGGUUAUACGUUUAAUCACCCAACGAAUUCCCGUGAACAAAGAUCCUCCAACUGGUAACAAAGCCCAGGAAUUGAGCGAUGAAAGCAGCAGCAAUAGUGUUACAUCACCGACAUCGGAUAAGUCUUUGAUCAAAUCAUCAACGUCGUUGGAUCAACUAAGUCGACAAAAAUCAAAAUCCGACCAAAAUCUUAGCUGUACAGAUGAAGUCCUUGAUCAAAUUGCAAUGAAGCGAAGCUUAAGCGGCAGCCGAUUGAAUCAGCUGCAUUUCCUCGUCCCAGAUAAAAGCUUCGUUUUGGAAACGAUUUCCUUAUUCCUAGGUGACCGAGGAACGUGUCGGUGUUGUCGUUUCUCGUAA